CCUCGCACGGGACAGACAACAAAGCGCGGCGCACUACCGUUGACGUUAUCCGCUAGUUAGCUGCUAAGUUAGCCGUCUCGGCUAGCCCGGACGAGCAUCAUUGUUCGCUGGAGUUGUGUGGGCCGUUUGUUAUGGGUCGUGCUCGUGUUGUCGCUCUUAUCACCUACAGUCGGCUCACGGACCAGGAAAAUAACUCAACGACUUCGGUGGGAGAAAAAACGGGUUAAGAAUGAUAUGCAGCCUUUUUCUUGACCCAUAAACCGUCCGGUGUAAUCCGACUAAGCGCCCAGUUCUUAGAUCAGAGGCCGCGGCACCAAUUCCUGAACACUGAGCUUAGCUGGGAUGACACUUAUUGCCAACCCAUAGUUUUCCUGCCCGCCGGCAUCCAUCAUGAACAUCAUUCAAGACAAACUAGGCAAUGAAUACCUGCGCUCCAACGGGAGCAUGGACUCCAACUUUGGCUCUGGCAUGAUAAUGUUCAGCCACCUCCCUCCUGUGACCAGUUUCACACGGUUGGCCGCCCACUCCGUUAUGCAGGACGUUCAUCCUCAAGAAAUGAUCUUGAAGAAGGAACGCGAGUCGCCUGACUGCAUGGGUUACCAAGGUGGCCGCAUGGGCUGUGCGGGCCCGGGAGACUAUGUUCACGCCAUGGGUAUCAAGCAGGAGAAGCUGUCGGAGCACGAUUAUCGCCUGCCGGUUUACCCAGGAGGGCUGGGGAAGAGCACUGAGCUGCUGGAGGUGGCUGUCAGCAACAACCAGAACCUGCUGGUGCAUGACCUCAACAUGGGUAACCUGCCGGGUCAGUUAGGAAAAGAGCCCACUGGGAGAAAGGGUCGUAGGUCAAAUGGUGACGGACAGGAGGGUAAACCAAGAAAGAAGAGAAGCGAGGCAAAGCAAUCAAUGAUGCUGGAUGGCAGCCUGUCGCCGGGAACAAAGCCGCACAUCUGUGAGCACUGCGCCGCAUCCUUCAGAAGCUCCUAUCACUUGCGCAGACACGUUCUCAUCCACACAGGUGAAAGACCCUUCAGAUGCAAUCAGUGCAACAUGAGUUUCAUUCAAAAAUACCUUCUCCAGCGACACGAGAAAAUCCACAGCGGAGAGAAGCCAUUCAGCUGUGACCAGUGUAACAUGCGGUUCAUUCAGAAGUACCACAUGGAGAGGCAUAAGAGGACUCACAGCGGAGAAAAGCCGUACAGAUGUGAGACCUGCCAACAGUAUUUUUCUAGGACAGACCGACUGCUUAAGCAUAAGCGGACCUGUGGAGAACCCAUAAAGAAGGGCCUGGAUCCUGGCAUGAUGGACCUGGGUUGCGUAGACUUAGGAAAUGGCAGCUAUGGAAUCACUCAGGGAAAUGCCGGGAGAAAGAGGGGGAGGUCCAAAAAUUCCGGAGAGGGAGUGGAGCGCAAGAAGAAGAAGGGGGACGGCGGAGCGUUGCGGGUACCGCAUAUUCACGGGGACGUGGCUGAAGGCUACAGCAUCCACGAUUACUCAAUGGAGAAUCAAACCGUAUCCUCCUCCACUGAGCCGGGCCCCAGCAUGCAGCAGGGCCACCAGGGCCGUGCCCCGAAGAUGGCAUUCAAGAAGGCCAACCGCAAGAGCCUGGAUAAAGCGGCCCUGGGACAGGCCAAAGCGGGCUCGUUGGAGCAGAGCGAUGGCAUGGAUGGCCUGGGCCUCAUGCAGGGUAACGGGUCUAAAGGAGGGCCCACCAGCACCAGCAACAACAACAACUACGACGACGCCAUGCAGUUCCUCAAGAAGCGACGCUACCUUAACGCGGCCAACGGUGCUAACUCGUCCGGGCCGGGUCUGGGCGGAGGAGCCGGCGGCGAAUACGACGUUGGUCACUUGUCCUCCCAGCACUCGGUCAUUCAGGGCGUCGUUUCCAGCGUGAUGGACAGCGACGCACCCCUGAGCCUCGACAAGUCCGGCAUCCCGGACGAGGUGCUGCAGAGCCUCCUCGACCACUACACCCAGAAACCCGACGGCUCGCACCACGACGUCCACUUUGACAUCGGCGACCAUCACGCGGAGCUUCACCACGCCGCGGCGGACUGCUCCGACAUCGGCCACAACCCCGGCAGCUCCAGCCCGUCCGGGGACAAGACCGUCAUGAUGCACGAGUACUCUCGCUUCCUGCUGCAGGCUUUGGAGCGCACCAGCCACAGUGCCGGCUUCCCGCCGUUCACCAGUUCCCAGGGAAACCCCCUCUACGCCGACAAGAACAUUUACACUACGUCCCCGAUGGAGUGCGGGUUCGGCCAGUCGGUGGCCUCGCCUUCGCUGCCCUCCUCUGUGCCAAAGUCUCACUUUGCGAUGCUGACGGGAUCCUCGCCACAGCACAGCUUCCACCUGAGCGGCCUUGAGGCUUCCACGCACCAGCAGCUCACCCCUUCUCAGGAGCUCACUGACCAGAUGGAGAAGCAGCACUCCUCCACUCCCCCUUCCUCCUACCAGAUUAGCCCGUCUGACCUGAGCACCCAGAAGGUCCAAGCGCCGCUCAAGAACGGCACGGUGGUCUACCCGCUGGCCCCCUCGCAGGAUUUGGCCCCUCUGGACUCCUCCAAGCCUUCGUACCAGAUAGAAAACUUUGCCCAGGCCUUUGGCUCCCAGUUCAAGUCAGAUGGGCGCGGCCUGUCUUACGGCAGUGACUCGAGCGGGGAGGUGGAUCACAGGAUACGGACGCCUGUGUCUGAAUUCUCAGGGUAUAGUAGUUUGUUAUCCGAUGUCAAUGAGCCAGUAAGUACAGGUUCCAAAACUACAACAAGCCAAAGCUACAGAUGAGCGUCUGAGAGGGAGAGAACACUCGUUCAUUCUGGCGUUCUCAUUUUUAAUUUUAGUGCACCUAAUUUUAUUAUUAUUGUUUUUAUUAUUAUUAUUAUUAUUAUUAUACUAAUGCUGGUUUUGUGCCCUCCUCUCCCCACAAUAAGCCCACAUGGCUUUCUGCAAAUGCAAUUUUUUUUAAUUAUGUUUAUUUUAAGUUAAAUAUGUAUUUACUGUUAGUUCUUGUCCUAUUAGUGGCAUUGUGUCUGGUCAUAAUUCAUGAGCUGAAAGUCCAUUUUAGAUAAUUAUAGCGUAGUAAAUGGCAUACUUCUUUUACAAUGGGUUUUUGGGCAAUCAACUUUACAAUUGUGAAAGGAUAAUAAAUUCCCACGAUGGCAGGGAAUAGCCCAGAGUUAAAAUGGCAAAAAAGCAACAACAAAAAAAGAAGCUGUCUGUUACAAGGUUUAAAGUAUUACUCAGGAAAAAGUGGAAAAGAGAAGUCUACGAGGUGCAGUGAGCGCUCGUUUCAGAAGUUGAAGUUUGUGACUCACAGGAGGUUUUGUUACUUGUUGAAUGAGUGUGACACAAACCGACUGCUGCCAGCUCAUCUGAGCACUGAAAACACUUUCUACUCAGCUAUAUAGAGAUUAUGGUACUUUCGUGUCAAUGUGAAACUCCUCUUUUCUUAAAUAAGGGCCAUAUAUACAUAGAUAUAGAUAUAUAUACAUAUAUCCAUAUCUAUGUAUAUGUCUAUAUUUAUAAGAAUAUAUCUUAAUGUAAAAUAGCAAAUUUAAUCAUUCUAGGGAAGUGCCAGUUGAAGUUGAAGAAUGAGGGCUGGUUCUGGGGUAAAUGUUGUCUGAUAUAUUUUUGGAGAACAAAAAUGAUGUUUGGGCUUAUCUUUGGCCAAUAGAGGCUGCUGUUGGGCAGAAAAAGAAUGCACCCACCCACCCUCUUCUUCCUCAGUUCUGUUAUUUCUUUAAUAGAAUCCAGUUAGCACUUUGAGCCGUUUUUCUUACAUUGCAUUAAGUACCCUGUCGGAUCAAGGAAGCUCAAGCAUCAGGAAUGGACUGGCUCUUUGACCGAUGUGUUUGGACAUAUGCAGAUGUGGUCUCUGGGUUGAGCAUAUUUUGGCUGAAUGAUGUGGAUACCCUUUGUUUGGGUAGCAUGGUUUAUAUGGGGACGUUGGGAAGGGGGUGGGGGGCAAAGGGGUUGGGCGCGGUUGAUAAAUGAAAGUGGGAUUCUUUUCAUUUCAUUUCCUUUCUCCCUACUUUUAGGGAGGGUUUAGAUUGGUUGGGAGGGAUGGUGUUUUUUAAAAUGAAGUACCAUUUUAAUCGGGAUAAUGUAAAUGUAUUUCAAACCUCUAGUUUUAGUUUUGACUUGUUACCCAACUUAGAAGCUUUGCUUUCUUAAUGAAUUUGAUGACAAAUGUGUUAGUGAUCAAGUAUUUUCUUCAGCUGUUACUGAGAGGCAGCCAUAUGCAUACUGAGCAAAAGGGCGGCUGACCAAAAAGUUGUAUGCAUUUAGGCAUUUCACGUGUGCUGGCAGUACUAAGCAUUAUUGUCCCCGUUAGAAUUUGGGUGCCUAUUCCUGUGAAGUGCAGGCUGCAAGAUAAUUGUCUAGUAAAUGUAAAAUGUAAUUUCUUGCCGAUUUUUUAUUUUAUCCCCAUGUAUUUAUGUACAAUUCUUUUGUAAAGCCAACAAUAAGUACGCUGUCUUCCUACAACUGGCCUUAAGUGCUGGAAAAUGAUAUCGCUCUGCUGAAUGAGUGUUUGAACCCCUUUACACCCCGACGGCCUGUUUUCAGCAAUCAUGAAACGCGUCAGAGUGAAUGCAAUGCUUAACAUCUGGAAUAAUAUGUUGCCAUGCUGAACAGUUAAAACGGAUUUGCCUUGCAUAUACCUCAUAUCACAUUAAACCAGGAUAAAGGAGUGAAGGUUUGAUGUAUGUAGCAGAGCUGCUGCUGUAUGUAUGAGGAAAAGAUGUCAUGUUCUGUGCGACUAGUUUUGUGUACAUGCCGUUUAUGUGACCCACUAGGACUUGGUUGCUUAUGGGUUCAUGUAAAUGUCUUAUGCCAGCCAGUGUUCAGUCUCUUCAGUUUGACCGAACUCCAGAUCUAAUUAGCCAUAUUGUUUCAAUAUGCUUAUUGUUUACAAAGAAAAUGUACAAAACACUAAAUCUUAUUCUGACCCCUGUAUAAAUUGUAUUUUACUAUAUUGCUUCCCCCCUUUUUUUUAUUUUAUUUUUUAUCGGCGCCAAAUUUUGUAGCUGAUAUCUUCCCGCUCCCUGUGACAUGUAUCAGAAGACUGUACUUGUCCAAUGAAUUUAAAACUGAUUAGGGAGAAAACAAUAAAUACUGUUA